GCUCACACGGGGAUGGGUCCUGACCGGGUGCACCAACGAGCGGGACGGAGGAGAGAGAGGGGGCGCAGCCGGGGCACCAGGGGCGAAAAAGUUCCCGGAUGCCAGCCGGCCUACCGGCCAUCAGCUCCCUUUUCCAACCUCAGGCCAGAGCACAUUCGACUUUGCUCCAGGCGCCCGAGGCAGGGGGCUCCGUCCCUCGGACACGCAAGCCUGGCUCGGGCAUCCGCGGCGGAAGAUAGCCUCAAGUGAUGCCAGACACAUUCCCCUCCAUCCACUUGCCCUCACCAAUAGUUCGACCCAACUCCCCAUCGUUGUGGCCGCGCUACUUUUCUCAUUUCCCCCCCUCCGCCUGUUCUUUCCCAUUCUCCUGGCACAAGACACCCACAUCCAAAAUGGCCGACUCCUUCGACUGCGCUCUCGACCUGAUGCGUCGCCUGCCGCCCCUGCACACCGAGCAGAACCUCCUCAAGCUCAUCACCCUGGUCCCCGAUCUGACUGAGGACCUGCUGUCCACUGUUGAUCAGCCCCUCAAGACCAGCGUCUGCAACACCACUGGCAAGACCUUCCUCCUUUGCGACUACAACCGUGAUGCCGACUCCUACCGCUCCCCCUGGUCCAACAAGUUCCAGCCCAGCCUGCCGGAUGCCAACUACCCCAGCGACAAGCUCCGCAACCUGGAGAUCCUGGCCAACGAUGCCUUCGACACCUACCGCAGCCUCUACUUCGAGGGUGGUGUUUCCUCCGUCUACCUCUGGGACCUCGACACUGGCUUUGCUGGUGUUGUCCUGAUCAAGAAGACCGGUGAGGGCUCCACCAAGAUGUCCGGCUCCUGGGACUCGAUCCAUGUCUUCGACGUCGCCACCGAGCACCCCCAGUCCCCCUCGACCUACCGCCUGACCUCCACGGUCAUCCUGAACAUGGACUCCACCACCGCCGACAGCGCCGCCCUCAACCUGUCUGGCAACCUGACCCGUCAGUCCGAGCUGACUAUCCCCCAGAUUGAGACCUUCGACUCGCACCUGGUUCACAUCGGUCGCAUGAUCGAGCAGAUGGAGAUCACCAUGCGUAACACCCUGCAUGAGGUGUACUUCAGCAAGACCAUGGACAUUGUCAAUGAUCUGCGCUCCACCCGCCCCCGCGCUGAUACCAAGCUCCAGACCGACCUGGCCAAUGAGCUCGCCAGCAAGCUGGUCUCCCGCCAGAAGUAAGUGUCCUCAUCUUCCGCUGGGCGCGCCCAGUCCCCCUCCUGUCCUCCAUCAGACAGACGGGGCGAUUGUGGUGACCCGUGUCUCCGCCUCCCCACGUCUUCUCCCCUCCCCGUCGGUCCACCUCCCUCCUCCUCAUGAUGUCUCUCUUCUCUUCGAGUCGGCGGUCCUUUUACUACCAUCAUCUUCCACACUCCUUCCGGAGUCGUCCGGCAGAGGGUGAGGGGGUGGGCGGGGGGGCGGUUGGGUUCAUGUACAUACAUGUGCACGGCCGCCCCUCGACGAGGCGUGCGUUUCCCAUGCUGCUGAUACAUAUGGCAUGUAGGUGAGUGGAGGGUCGGCCUGUGGCGCUGAAGUUCACUUCCACGGACCUUCCCCCUGUCUGCCUCCAUCCCCUCCCCCGCCACAUACACACACACACACAC